AUGUCGGACGAUUAUGAAUUCAGCGAUGACACCACCAUGAUGAGAAUGGAGGAGGAUGGGGAGGCGAACAGCGAUGACCCGAUGUCUGCGGCCGGGGACUGUGGCCUGAUGGGGGGCGAGGCCGAGGGAUCCAGAAUCGACGCCAGUAAAAACGAAGAGGAUGAGGGGAAGAUGUUUGUAGGAGGUCUCAGCUGGGACACGACCAAGAAGGACCUGAAGGAUUACUUCUCCAAGUACGGAGAGGUCGUAGACUGCACGCUGAAGCUGGACCCCAUGACAGGCCGCUCCAGGGGCUUCGGCUUUGUGCUCUUCAAAGACCCAGAGAGUGUUGACAAGGUUGCCUCACAGAAGGAACACAAGCUCAAUGGAAAGGUCAUCGACCCCAAAAAAGCCAAGGCCAUGAAGAGUAAGGAGCCUGUGAAGAAGAUCUUCGUCGGCGGUCUCUCUCCUGACACUCCCGAGGAGAAAGUCAGAGAGUACUUCGGUGCCUUCGGAGAGGUGGAGUCUAUUGAACUUCCCAUGGAGAACAAAACAAACAAGAGGAGAGGAUUCUGCUUCAUCACAUUCAAAGAGGAGGAUCCUGUGAAGAGCAUCAUGGAGAAGAAGUACCACAAUAUUGGACUCAGCAAGUGUGAAAUAAAAGUGGCGAUGUCCAAGGAGCAGUACCAGCAGCAGCAGUACUGGGGAGGCAGAGGUGGAUACUCAUCCAGGUCUCGAGGAAGAGGUGGCGGUCCUAAUCAAAAUUGGAACCAGGGUUAUGGCAACUACUGGAACCAAGGCUACGGAAAUUAUGGCAAUUAUGGGUACAAUAAUCAAGGAUAUGGAGGAUAUGGAGGCUAUGAUUACCCUGGUUACAACAACUAUUAUGGAUAUGGUGACUACAACGAUCAGUCCGGUGGAUACGGAAAGUCGCCACGGCGUGGUGUUCACACCAACAGUUACAAGCCGUAUUAAAGGGGGAAACCCUCACCGUCAAGUAGCGGAGCUUCCUUGCAGGCCAUGAGCUGACUCCCAGAUACUCUCAGGGCCCGCUCAAUGCGGACCGGGUACGAGAAGCAUACGCUCUCGAAUGCUGCCAUUUGGUAUGGUCUUACAACAUCCUGUAUCAGCAUUUCUAAACUAAAACAAUAUGGGACACGUCCAGCUUUGUCAUCUUUCUUUCCAUUUUUAAUUUGUUUGCAACUGUUUUGUAAUGUAAAACGUAAAUUUACAUACAUGUAAUUGUCAUUUUUUACAGGCCCUUACUCCCCCACAAGUAAUGAUUUAUAAAUAUGAGAAAAUAACUAUUUGCUUUUCAAAGGAUACGUACAGCUUUCUCUGGACUUCCCAGUUCCUAUUGUUAAUAUAUGCAUUCCUAAUCUUAUCUAAAAUGCUUGUUUCUUUAUUUAGCUCUUGUAGCCAGUAGUCCAUGAGCUAAAACCUGGUUCGUAUUUGGACUCUACUGUGUUGGGGGAUAAAGUGCUUUACUUUGUGUACAUGUAUUGCUCUGUUUUGUCUUACUGACAGCGAUGGAAAAGACUUCUCUUUUGUAACGAAUUUUCCCUCUUAUAACCUUUUGUAAAACAACAAGUGUCGCCACAUUUCCAGAAAUUUGCAUGUAAUGCUUCCUUUAACGUGUAUUUUUUGACCAGUCGAAGGUUUUUCUUCCAUUUAGUAUUUUGGCUUUGACCUCUUCAAUUUAUCACACUUCAGGAUUUCUAGCUUAUGGACUAACUUUUUUUUUUUUUUUUUUUUUUUAAACUGUAAAAUGUUAAAAUAAUUGUUCUCAGUUUCUUUUUCUUUUUUUAACAUUGGACAUUAUAAACACGGGGGAUUCCUAUUUUAUUUUUCUUUCUUUCUUUCUUUCUAAUUUAACUCGUUCUUCGUUCAUCUGGAGCUGAUUUUGUGUCUGUUUUGUUUUUUCGUAGGUUUCAGAGUGAUGAAAGAAAAGACAGCUGUGGGCUGGCGGAGCGUUGAGCCAGAGAGAGAUGAUGGUCUCCAGCAAAGAUCACUAGCUGAUUGUAAAAUAAUAACUGAGGAGCACUUUGACCUACAGCACAUUUCCUCUCCAGUAUUUGUUGUAUCUUAAAACUUUUGGAUUUUUUGGAUGUUUUGCAUUAAUUUAGAUUCCUGCAAAGUUUGAGCGGUCUGCGUUCUCCUUCCCUUCUUGUUUUUUGUAUUUAUUGUCAUCAUAUGCUAAUUGUGAAAUCGCUUCCUUCAUUAUUACAUUACCGAGAUGUUAGAUUGGUUGCAGCAGGUCACACAUAUAUAACAGUUCUGUGUAGCAAAGAUUUAAAAACAAAACAAACAAAAAAAAACGUUAUUACAAUUUAUCCUCUUUAUCAUAGUCAUCAGUCAUAUAUUACAAUAUGUUAUUACAGAGUUUGACAUUCAUGAACAUACAGAAUAUAUAUACACAGGUAAUUAUACAUCAAGAAAUGUGACAAAUAAAGAUAUUAAACUCUUA